AAUUUGAAUUACCACUGUUCAUCUUCCAAGCUAUUAGUGAUUAUCUCUGAAAAUAUGGAGUGAUCUCCAUGCAUGUGGCCAGCCGCCAGUGCUACCGUCCAUGCCAACUUGCCAAGCAAGGAACUCUGUGCGGGAUCUGGGGCAUUUGUGUCAGCUAUGUGACCAAUGGCAUGUGCAGCCAUAUGCAGCUUGAUCUCUGGUACCUUCCUCUGCUCAGAUGCCAUGUUUUCAGUUGCCAUGUGCAGGACACGUUAUCUUCAGAAAGAACGGAGCAACAGUUACUUCAGUUAUGCAUCUGGUGCAACAAUUUCUGUGCCGCAGGGGCAGACUUUUCUUGCUUAUCUUAAGAUGUGAACCUGGUUCUGACAGCAAUCUCAGUUGAGAUAUGUGGACAGAACGAAAGAAUUGCUCAAGUUCAGAUGCAGGUAUUGCAGUUGAUGUCCUGUGCUGCGCCUGGUGACCGGAAAGAAGUUCUGACUUUGUGGUAUACAGGCCAAAAUAGAGAGCCAUCUGAUUCAUAUAUAUCUCUAGUUAAAGGUGAACAUGGAUGCUGCGGAACUGUGCCUUCAGGAGCUAACUGAACAUGCAAUGAUGAGAUCGACACAAAUCAUGGUGGUGGUUGCUCAGAUAAGCGGAGCAGAGCUGGUGCUGAUUGCUCAUCAUUAGCAGGGGAGGAGAGAAUCUUCCAUCAGUUGGAUCACACUUUGAGAGGGCAGCAUGGUGCUAACUAAGCUUACCUUCUCCCAUGCAAACACAUGUCAAGCUAAUGAAGAGGAAGAAAAGCAAGUGCUUCUGGUUUCACUGCAACAGGGAGCAGAGUCCUUCAGGGUUUGCAAUACAUCUGCUAACUAUGGUAGUUACAGGCUAAGGAGGCAGCAACAGCAGCCUGAGACAAGAGACCCACCUACACACACACCGGCAAUGGGGGAGCAAGGCAGGGCGAGCAACAAGAUCAGGGACAUCGUGAGGCUGCAGCAGCUCCUCAGGAAGUGGAAGCGGCUCGCGCUCGCGCCCAAGGCCGGCAGCAGGCACGGUGGUGGCGCCGACGUCCCGCGGGGCUUCUUCGCGGUGUGCGUCGGGGAGGAGAUGAGGAGGUUCGUCAUCCCCACGGAGUACCUUGGGCACUGGGCGUUCGAGGAGCUGCUCAGGGAGGCGGAGGAGGAGUUCGGGUUCCGGCACGAGGGCGCCCUGAGGAUCCCCUGCGACGUGGAGGUGUUCGAGGGCAUCCUGAGGCUGGUUGGCGGGAAGAAGGAGGCCGUGUGCUACUGCUCGUCGGAGCAUGGGAUCUUGUGCACAUGAUGGUGGUGGCCACUUGGUUUUCGUUGUCCAUUUGUUACCAUUCUUGGUUCUUGGUUCUUCUCAGGGGAAGAGGAGGAAGGGUUCGUCGGAUAUGAGCAUUAUUUGUUCCAUUCUUGGUUCUUGAUUCUUCAAAGGAGAAGAGGAGGAAGAGUUGGAGAGAGCAUCAAUGAGCUUCACGGUUUGUACAAGAAGAUGAAACGAAGGAGUCACAUUCUUUUUAAUGAAUUUUUUCCUUGAAGGAUUCGAAACAAGUAUCUUAGGUAAAAACUGCUGCAUCAAUAAUAAUUCACUUAUUCUUUGCUGUUCUUCUGUUCCACGUGGAAGGAUUAGUAAGUUUGACCUCUGUAAUCUGUUUACGCUUCUCUUGUUUUCUUGCUCAGCACUCGUAA